GACAGAUUUCGGUUUGUUUGGUUGAAGGCAGAAGCACAGAGAUAGAUAAGAGGAAAAAAACGGAAACAACCACAACCACCACAACAACCAACCAACAAACAUGGCGAAGAAGUCGGGCGCGUCUGGUGGCAGCAAGAGUGCCGAUAACGUUAAGGUGGUGAUCCGAUGUCGCCCUCUCAGCAGCACAGAACGCAAGGAUGGCAGACAAGAGUGCGUUCAUGUGGCAGAGGACAGAGGAACCAUUACUGUGAAGAACUUGCAGGAGCCAUCCAAGGAACCAAAGACAUACACCUUUGACAAUGUUUAUGGCACCAAAUCGCAGCAGGAGGCCAUCUACACGACCAGUGCCCAGCCCAUCGUCGACUCGGUGCUCGAGGGAUUCAACGGUGAGCACUUUGCGUGCUUGUUUGCCUUGCUUUGCCUGUCUACGUUUUGGAAGCAGUACCUUGUGCGUGCGUCAUAUCUGGAAAUCUACAUGGAAGACAUUCGCGAUCUUUUGUCAAAGGACCAGGAGCGCAAACUGCCGAUUCGCGAGUCGCCGGACACAGGCGUGUAUGUGGAAGACCUCACCUCUAUUGUUGUCAAGAGCGUCAAGGAAAUCGACAAGGUGAUGCGUGUCGGGUGGAAGAACCGCAAAGUCGGCGUGACGAAGAUGAACGCGCACUCGUCGCGGUCGCACGCCAUCUUCAUGGUCAAUGUGGAGUGCAGUGAGGCCGGGGAGGACGGGGAGGCGCACAUCCGCAGCGGCAAACUCAAUCUCGUCGAUCUUGCCGGGAGUGAGCGACAAGGCAAGACGAUGGCUGAGGGCGAGCGUGCAAAAGAAGGCAGCCACAUCAACAAGUCCCUCUCCGCUCUGGGACAGGUGAUCAAAGCGUUGGUUGACUCAAAGGGCUCCGGGUUUGUUCCGUACCGCAACUCCAGCCUCACCCGUCUCUUACAGGAUUCGUUGGGCGGGAAUGCGAAGACGAUGAUGAUUGCGGCGAUUGGGCCCGCGGACUACAACUACAACGAAACAAUUAGCACUCUCGGAUAUGCCCAUCGAGCAAAGAGCAUCAAGAACAAGCCCAAGAUCAACGAAGAUCCAAAGGAUGCGCUCCUGCGGAAAUACCAGGAGGAAAUUGCAGCGCUGAAACAUCAGCUUGAAUCAAAGGGGAGCGGAGGAAAGAAGCGCAAGGGCGGGAAGAAGAAGAAGAAGAAGGUUAAGACCAUCCGAUACGACGCAGACGGUCAACCCAUUGAGGAGGAAGAGGAAGAGGAAGACGAGGAGGAGGAAGAAGGCGGUGCCUACAAUGAAGAGGAAGCAAGGCGUCUGCGUGAGCAGGCUUUCCAGAAACUCGAGGAAGAGAAGCAGCGAAUGCUACAGGAUCAAACCAUCCUUCAGGAGGAGAAGGACCGGCUUCGGCGGGAGAUGGAGGAGAAGCAGCAGCAGAUGCAGCGGGAGGAGCAGGCGGCGGCCGAGCUCUCUGCCAAGAUCGCCGCCCUCGAGUCGCGCUUGCUCGUCGGAGGCAAGGACAUCAACGAGUACACGGCGGAGCAGGAGGCGCGGCUGCGGCGGGAGAGGAAACGCGUGGAGGAGGAGAAGAAGAAGGCAGAGCGGUUACAGCAGCAGCUGGACCGGCACGAGACACAGCGGAUGCUGGCAGAGGACAAAUUCUCCUCCCUGCGCGACGCCGUCCGCGCAAAGACAGAGAAGCUCGAAAAGCUCUUUCACAAAUAUGAGACGGUGAAGCAGGAGCUAGGCGAGCUUGAUGAAAUGUUCUACGAGCAGCGCGACACAAUCAUGCACGAGUCAGAGGAGACGCGAAAGCAGCUUCGCCUGAAGGAACUGAUCAUCGAGCACUUUAUGCCCCCAGAGGAGGCGGCAAAGUUCAGGAAGCGUGCAGUCUUUGAUGAGGAGCUGCAAGAGUAUCGCCUGUUGUCUGCAACACACACGGAGGGCGCAGACAGCGCAGGCGUGGUUGCCCGACCCGUGUCGGCGUACCCGAACCGCAACCGGCCCAUCACCCUCUUCUCCCAGGUGCAGAGCGGUAUCGACAAGAACCCAAGGUAUCGGAGCGAGAACGUGAUGACGCUGGAGCUUGAUCUGCCGGAGCGGACGACGCAAGACUACACGGGUCCCGCCGUGGAUGCGCGCGUGCAGGAGGUGCUGAACGACGCGCUGCACGACGAUGACGAGUUGGUGAUGGAGGAGCCCGUGGGCGACUUUAUUGGCGAGGGCAUCAAGUCCGCACAGCGCGAGAUGCGUCGCAGGAAGGCCGCGUCCGGGCGUCCGAAGCGGCCUGGAACAGCAAAAGGAACGAAGAAGAAGAAGAAAGGACGCGGUGCGCCAUCUGAUGAACUCUUCCCAACAACGCGUGGGCUGGUCUCAAAAUAGUCGUUACACUACAUUCCAACUUUACACACUCACACCUACACGUGCAGGACUCUUCCUUCGCUUCGUUUACAAGCGCGUUCAAUCCUGAUGCUCACAUCCUUAUGUUACUUAACUAAAACCAAGAGAGUG